UAUAUAUAUAGGGAUAUAAUAGCAUCGAAUAACCAUAACGUAAUUAUGGAUCCAAUAAUUCCUGGUGAGUCUAGGGUUUAUGUUAGCGCAAGAGAAAUCUACUGUUCCCCAACUCCAAACCCUCGAAUUCAAGCUCUUCCUCCCUCACUAAUCGUUUACUUCAAAAUUUUACGAAAGGUCUUCAAAGGUGGCAGAACCCCCAUAAUCGAUCGAGAAUACAAUCACCGAUAUCAAUACCCGUUAGACCUCUUAGAUUCACAAUCACCGCGCGUAUUCGUUUGGAAUAUGAUAUUUAAGCCCAACAUUCCUUUCGUCUUAUCAAAUAUGCACUGGAAAAUCGCGAGUUCCGAAGGAAACUAUAUAUCAAAACCGAUGAGCAUGGAGGGAGUUUUGAACAAAAUUGGCAGUGUUCUCACCCGAAUGCUUGAAUCCGGAUUCUGUUCGGGUAAUCGGGCGAUUGAGAUCACGAUAGAGAACCAUGUACGGCCCCUACCCGUACCCGUUGCCGAACCCGAACCCGAACCCGAACGCGAAAGCCCGGUAAUCAUAGUGGUGCAGCCCGAGAGUCCGGUUGGGGUGGGCGCGUCGGUGGAGGAUUUGGAGAAACUUAAAAGCGACGACGUCGUUUCGUCGAGUGGUGAAAAGAUGACGUGUUCGAUUUGCUUUUGUGAGGUGUUGAGUGGGACUGAGCUGAGUCGGUUGCCUUGUUCUCACUUAUUUCACACUCAUUGUAUCCUUAAGUGGUUGGAGAAAAGACACACUUGCCCAAUAUGUCGUUUUGAAUUGCCAACUCGGACUUAGUAUACUUUCACUUUUAUUUUUACAUUUUGAGGAUUUUUGAAGUUAUUAUUUAGAGUAUUGAUAAUUGGCAUUAUUAGAGGUCUCAUGCAGUACCCUAGUAACUUUUUUUUAACUAUCAUGGUGAUGUUAUUAGUGUUUGACAAUGAUUGUUCUUCAUUUAUUAUUCUACUUUGUACAUCCCACUACCCAAACACUAUAUUCUUCUUUUA